CGUUGCGUGUGGGCUAUUUUUUUUUUAUUAUUUAUUUAUUUCACGUCAUCCCUUCUUUUUUCUGUUACCCCCACCGGAAAUCGAGCCGCGUGAAUCGAUGGAAAAUUGCCUCCACCGGGUUAAUUAAUUAAUUGAUUAAUUAAUGAAUUAAUUAAUUAGUUAAUUGAAUACAUAAUCAACUGAUGGAUUGAGAGAGUAAUUGGAAAGAGUUUUUGGGGAAUUAGAAUCGAAAAUCGGGGGGAUUAUCGGGAAAUUGAAACGGAAUUUCAAUUUUUGAAGACAAAAUUCUCGGAACACGUAGAAACCAUCUGAGUGAUAAAAAUUGUCCCGGGGCCUCGGCGAUUUGUCAAUUAAACCAAAAGAAAAAAAAAAGAAAUAGAAUUCAGUGAAAGAAAAAAUUGCACUCAAGAAAUUUUUGUCCCGAUGAUUCAAUUAAAUUCCGGCUGCUCGACGAAGUGAGAAAAUAGGCAGCAGACGGAUUAAAACAAGAAACGGAAAUACAAAGGGAAUAAAAAAAAAACGGGCGAAACAAAGCCAGCGGAAGGACGAGAGACAGAGAGUGACUGGGGUUGGAGGCGAUGAGGGACAAGUUCUUGGGAUUCCAUGGUGACAUUUCCGGCCGGUGAAAUUCAACUCAGCUAUGGCAAAUACGUUCUAUUGAAUCGUAUUGAUGACGAAACAAUUAUGUCGUACAUCCAAUACAAACGGGCAACCACUCUGCAUCACUUGGGUGAACGAUUCAACGACUCAACAACAGACGUAAAUGAAAUCUGGAGGAGUCCGGGAAAUACGUAGGAAUGAUCCAUAACCCAUGAGUUGACAAUUUCCGUCUCACAAUUAUGAUGAGAAAUAAUGCCCCACGUAAAUAGGAAAAAUACGCACUCGUGCUUUCUCCUAUUAUUUUUAGUGUUUAAAGUGGGGAUAGUGAAUAUCCACGGUCAGUGUCACUUGGACAGUCACACUGGGAGCAUUAAUAUCCCAACCCACCCACUCAUCAACCAUCAAAUUCAAGGAGAGCCAGUCAUAUGUGUUCUACAAAGUACUUUGAAUCCACUUUACACUGCCAACUUGAUGACUCCCUGGUGCUCAAGACUGAAAGAGCUUGCUCAUUGAUACAAAGGGAGUGAUAAAAAAAAAAGCUCGAAUAACUUUUAAGAGACACUAAAAAGGCAGCAGUUGAGGAUUUGAGAAACGUGGGGAAACUUUUUUGUGAUUUUUUUUUUCUAUUCUGUGAAAUUUUGUUAAACAGUGAGUUUUGGUUUUAUGGUUUUGGUUUUUGUGAGUGAACAAUUGAGGUGUUACCAUGUUUUUUUACGUACUCUUGGUCGGUCUGCUGUCCUCUGGUUGUGCCAAGCCUCAUUCACUGCUGUAUGCUGACGACAAAGUGCAAAAUUAUCUCAUGAGGUUUGGCUACUUGCCGCAGAGCGAUUUGGAGACUGGCAAUCUGAGGACUGAUGAUCAGUUGAGGGAUGCCAUAAAGAAUCUUCAGAGUAACGGUGGAAUAGCAGUGACUGGGGAGAUAGACGAGGCGACGAAGAAACUAAUGAGAUCACGUAGGUGCGGUUUAUCGGACAUGCCAGAUCCGCGAUAUCGUAGAUCAAGACACAAGAGAUUCACCAUUCACGGGCAGCCCUGGCCGCACAAGAACCUCACCUGGAGUUUGAGGACAGAGCAGCCGAGUGGUUUAGACACGUACGGUGUGAGACAGGAGCUGAGCAGAGCUCUGGAUCUCUGGGCGAGAAAUUCAAAGCUGACGUUUCAGGAAGUUAACAGCGACCGAGCCGAUAUUCUCAUCUAUUUUCAUCGAGGCUAUCACGGUGACGGAUACCCAUUCGACGGAAGAGGUCAGAUCCUCGCUCACGCGUUCUUCCCAGGCAGAGACCGGGGCGGAGACGCCCACUUUGACGAGGAGGAGAUCUGGCUGUUGGACAACGACAGUAAUGAGGAAGGAACAAGUUUGUUUGCCGUUGCCGCUCACGAGUUCGGUCACUCGCUGGGGCUUGCUCACAGCUCAGUGAGAGGGGCUCUCAUGUAUCCCUGGUACCAGGGGAUAUCAGGGAAUUAUGAGCUUCCGGAGGACGACAGGAACGGAAUCCAACAAAUGUACGGCGCACCGGAGGAUAAAUUAUGGGGUAAUUUACCAGACGCCAGACGUCCAACUCGUCCAACAACAACGACAACAACAACAACAACAACGCCUCGUACCCGUUCACCAACGAGAAGGCCGUGGAAAACCCGUCCAACCAGGCCAAACACUUAUCCAGAUGAUCCGAGUCGAGACAGAACUAAUCACUAUCCAUACAAGCCAAACUGGCGUACAGAGAGACCUGAUUAUUAUCCACAACGGCCGGAGUAUCCAGAUAGACCGAGGAAACCACACAGGCAUCACACGACAACAACCACCACUGUCACACCCCAUCGACCAAGACACAGAUGGACACCACCACCGAGAAAUGAUAUUCCUGACAAGUGUGACACGAGCUAUGAUGCCAUUAGCAUUAUUCGACGGGAGGUGUUCAUUUUUAAGGGACGGUAUCUUUGGAGAAUAGGCGAUCACGGGCUUUACGAGGGCUAUCCAGCUGAGAUAACCCGUCUAUUCAAUCUGCCCGAGGAUAUUGAUCAUGUGGAUGCUGUGUACGAGAGACAAGACAAGAAAAUUGUAUUCUUCAUUGGUAAGAAUUACUACGUUUUCAACGCUAAUAAACUCGAGCCCGGCUAUCCAAGGCCUCUGAGGACACUUGGAUUACCGGAUGAACUUGAGAAGAUUGAUGGGGCCAUGGUAUGGGGACACAACAGUAGGACUUAUUUCUUCAGUGGUACCAUGUACUGGAGGUAUGAUGAAUCGGAGAAUUUCAUUGAGUUGGACUAUCCCAGGGAUAUGACCAUGUUCGCCGGUGUUCCGUAUAAUAUUGAUGCUGUCUUCCAGUGGAAGAAUGGGAAAACCUACUUCUUCAAAGGCAAAGGUUACUGGGAAUUCGAUGACAUGCGAAUGCGAGUGGCACACGAGCGUCCCAAGCCCUCCGCCCCCUUCUGGAUGGGCUGUCCUCCCGAAAUGGAGACUAAUGAUAUCGAUUAUCCGUCGCACAGGGCCAAAGUCAUCCAGAGCUCCUCGUCAGCAUCCACAAUCACAUUUUCUGUUAUAAUUAGUAGUCUCUUUGUACUUGCAAUUAGAAUAACGUAGGUAAUUAUUUUUUUACGUUUUUUUUUCACAUGAAAAUAGAAGAGACAAUCCGUGAUGGAGACAAAUGUGCCUAAUUAUGAAAUGAAAAAAAAAACUGCCAAACAAUUUCAAAAAAAUUGGAAUUGUUAAAAAGUCAAGGAUUCAUUGUUGAGAGAACAUGAAAUUUCAGUUGACAAUGGAAUCUCCUCAUUAGCCUCAAAAUGAUCCUUUCAAAAUGCAUAAAAAAAUCAACAGUCCAUCCAAUAAUUGAACCAACAAAAUAAAAAAAACAUAAAUAAUUUUUAUAUGCCUCUUUACAUGAUUUAUUAUUUUCAUGAAACUACAAUUAAGGGCACGAUAUUUGUGCAUCAGUUUUAUAAACUGUGAUAUUUAUGUGAAACUCAAAGAAUAUGGGAAAAUUAAUCUUAUAUGUGUAACGGUAUUUAUGAAUAGUGAAUGAGGAGGAAAUGGCGAUGUUAUUGUUUAAUAUUGGUAUAGUCUGAGACACGUUUUCUACGUAUAAAUUUUUAUGAGCUUCUUGUGAUUGCAAAAAGUCUAAUUAAAUCACCAAUAAUUAUCAAAUUUGUUUUCAAUUCAAUUUUUUUUUUUGCGAAAUCUCGUCGCAGAAUGGAUUGACGUGCAACUUCUAGGGAAUAAGUGGAAUAAUAGAGUGGAAUUAUAAUGUUUAAGUGAAUAAAUGCAGAAUCACUGUAUAAAUAAAUAAAGAAAAUGUAUACGACUCAA